ACAGGAGUGACCUACGGCUGUGAAAAGGCACAUGUCCUGGAGAAAUGCAAUUCAAACACAGACCUAGUGAUUUGGUAUACUAUUGAAAGGUACUCAACACGGAGCGGUGUAAAACAUAAACAUCACCGCACUUAAGGAUGAAAUAGUUUCCACACCACUUAAAAUUGAGUGUCACAGCAACUCAUAAGCCACAUCUUCGCAUGAAACCAGAAGACUGAAGACUCAGAUAUGGGUUUGACCAUUGCAACGAUUUGCAUUCUUAUCGUUAGUGCACAGCAAGUCAUUGCUGAUGAGCCAUCUCCGGUGGUCUCCGAUGGUUCUUGCAACCAGGAGUACUGUCAUAAUCACCCACAGCAGACCAAGGUAUCAGCUGUCCUUCAGGUUUCCUCGGCUGAUAUCGAGGCGAAGCAGGAGACAUCGUUCACUCUGAAGUCGGCAUGUGAAGCUAAACCUGUUUUCAACACCACGCAGACGUGUUGUAAAAGUAGGAACCACUGCAACACGACUGACAUCGUCAAAGAGUUGAAAUCUCUUCAGCAAACCGUGAACGAACUAAAAACCGUUGUAGCUGAGCUGUCCAGCAAGGCGCCAUGCCCUGUCAACAAGACUGAUGUUACCCCAGAUGAAGCUUCUCCAGCGUAUCCUGUUGUCAACGAAGAUGGCGCUCGUUGGAGGUUAUUUUGGUGGUACACUGACACUACUUGGCCUGAUACAGUCACCGAUGUUCUGCAAGACAAAUAUGGCGACUGUGAAGUAGCCGCUGCGAAUUGUUUUGGUCGGCUACCGGAAGAAUUGGAAGAAUCCAAGGCAGAGAUGCUUGGUACAGAUUCCGCUGAAAAUGUGUACAGGUGGGCGUUCGAUCCCAGUAAUGACGUAGCUCACGCGGUAUGGGAAGCAUUCCACGAUCAUCGAGAAGGCAAAGUCACACAAGGAAAUGUUUGGAACCCAGUAAUUGUCAGUGGGACAGCGCCUGGUGCUGCACAAGACUCUUUCCAGUAUCGCGAGGAGCAUGGAGUUAAGUCUCUUCAGAUCGAUGACGACAAUUGUGAUUGUUUGACGUCAUUGAGCCUAGGCCAUGGUAUGUGUGGUACAGGCUAUAGCACGUCGUAUGGUCCAGAGAACGUGUUUGGAGUGGAUUUGUUGUAUGAUAGUUACUGCCAGAUACCUUCACCUACCAACAGCUUGUACCUGUACUUCAGAGAUGAUGAUGAGUGUGCUGCCGUCAAUUGUCCCAGUGGAUAUCGAUGCGUCGAUGGUAUCAACUCUGCCACCUGUGUCGUUGAGACUGAAUGAAUGCCCUUCAACGUUGAAGGUGUGCGUGAUUUUAUAUUUGUAUUACCUAACAGUGGCUCUAGACACGGACGCACAUUUCGAUAUUAAGUGAAUUCCAGUUGUAAUGGUUUGCUUGUCAAAAAAGUGGUUAAGUUGAAAAUCUUGUUUGAAAAGUAGAACAUUACAUGUGUAUAUGAAACGCUUUGAGAUGAUACUUACUCAUCAGCAUUUUAAAUGCCUUUUUAUUCUCCUCUGGCAUACAUUUGUUAAGACUGCAUACUCGGUGUUCUCUUGGGACCGACCGAGAAAGCUAACCAAUCUUUUGACAAAGCCUUGGACAACGUAAUUGACUGCAGUGUUCAAAAUAUACAUCUGUGAUGGGACAUUUUCCCGUCGCAAAAUACACAAAGUUAUCAGCACUUCUGAGGAGGGGACGCGCUGACGUACCAGUAAUUAUUUUUUAUAUAAGUAAUACAUUUAGAUGUGCAUAGUUGUAGUGCAUUGUGUAGUUUCUAAUUUGAGGUGAUAAAAUAUCUACGAUUAGGAGUCGAUAUGGAGAAGGUUGUAAUCAGUAAUAAAACGAGUACUUGUAACUACUGUUAUUGGUUCUAGCUAGGUUAUCAGUAUAGUAAGACACACAGAAAAAGUGCCUCAGUACUUUUAUUCACUAUUAAAAGGAGGUUUGGUAUGAUGCCACUGAUUCAACAAGAAGACACGCAAAGUAAAAACUGGACUCUUAAUGAAAUUUCUUCGCUGCUUAGUUCGUCACGCUUACAUGGAGUAUAAGUUGAUGUCAGAGUUAAUCUCGGUGCGCAUGCGCCUCAUAGGAGUGUAGAAUAAUAAGGGCUUGUAUUUUAAGCGUGGUCUAUUAAAUAAACAGAUUUAUUUUAUGUCA